AUGCUGCUCCCUGCAGAGACGCCGCAAACAGUCCUCUACGGACUCGGUAUCAUAGCCCUCCUCGCCAUUGGGCGGUUUUUCAUUCGUCUCUAUCAAGUCAGGAGUAGCAUUCGCGAUGUGACCAAUAAAUAUGGCGUUCCUAUCUUGCCCCAUUCAUUUCUGUUCGGGCAUCUCCCCAUCGUAAUCAAAGUCAUGGCCGCCUACCCAAGCGACAUUUAUGGACACUACCUGCCCCUUCUCAUCGAAAAAGAAUACCCCGACAUCUGUAAGUCCCGCGGUGUGAUGUACAUCGAUAGCUGGCCUCUAGCAAACCCCAUGUUGGCCGUCUAUGAUCCCGGCCUGAUGAACCAAUUCACUACGGAGAAUUCACGGCCAAAACACGAACUUGUUAGAGAUGGGUUUUAUAUUCUCGGCCAAGGCCUCGACAUCUUCGUUUCGGAAGGACAGCAAUGGAAAGAGUGGAGGAAAAUUUUCAAUCCGGGCUUUUCGCUCCAAAAUCUCAUGUCGUUUGUUCCAGCGAUAGUGGAUGAGAUUGAAGUCUUCCGAGGCUGGUUGAAAGACGUGGCAGAAUCCGGGAAUGUCGUAGAGUUGGAAGAACAGACCGAGAGACUAACGACGGAUGUAAUCGGUCUCUUGGCUUUAAACACGCGACUUCAUUCCCAAACUACAUCCAGCACGUUCUAUAAUGCUAUGAAGAAACAGGCCGGUUGGUUCCCCUAUGACAACCAGCCCAGUGCUUUAUUCACACGGACCCUAAACCCUUUUCGCCCAUUGGCUGUAUGGAUGAAUAACUGGACCAUGAGGUCUUGCUUAAUGCCACACAUACGAAAAGCCUUAGCACAAGAGAAGGAGGAAAGUCUCAAGACUCUUCUCAAUCUUGCCAUUCAAUCCAAAGAGCGGGGCUCAUCAGAUGGCCCCCCGACGUCCCAAUUCAUCGACAUAGUAGUGUCACAGUUGAAAACAUUCAUGUUUGGCGGCCAUGAAACAACAGCAGCAACCCUCUGUCUUCUUUAUUAUCUUGUCUAUACUAACACCGCCGCGCUGGACGCUUUACGUCGCGAGCAUGAUGAGGUGCUCGGUAGUGACCCGGCAAUGGCCACUGAGCUCAUCAAGAAAAGCCCAGCACUCUUGAAUCGACUCCCUUACACCACUGCGGUUAUUCGAGAAACCGUGCGCUUAUUCCCGCCAGUGGGAACCGUCCGCGCUGGGAGUCCGGAUUUCUUCCUAACGGACCCGACGACCGGAGACCGCUACCCAACUAACGGCAUGAUGGUCUUUGGCUGUUCAGCCGUUGUUCAUCGGAAGGAGGCAUUCUGGCCCGAGCCACAUAAAUUCAUGCCUGAGCGCUGGCUUGUUCCAGAAGGACAUGCUCUGCACCCACCGAGAAGCGCUUUUCGGGCGUUCGAACAUGGCCCUCGCAAUUGUAUUGGACAGGAGCUGGCCCAGUUAGAACUCCGAGCAAUCUUGGCUAUGACUGUUCGAGAUUUUGACAUCCAGCCCCAGUUCCCUGCGGAUGCAUUCCACCCGGGCAGGUUACGGCGCGACCUCGGGACGACAUGCCCGUGA